CGCAGAGCUUUCACAAGGAAAAAGGCUCCUAGGAAGACGAAGUGGACUAAGACCUACAGGAAAUCUUUCCAGAAGGAUCUUAGUGACGACUUUGCGCAGACUUUUGAGAGGAAGCGCAACGAAAUCCAAAAGUACAGCCGCGAUAAUCUCAUCACUACACUUCACGCAAUCGACAGUAUUAACAGAAUCAAGGAGAAGCGUGAGAGAAUGCAUAUCAUGAGAAGACUGCAGAAGGGUGUUGAUUUGCGUAAAAAGGAGGAUAUUAAGCUUGUUGAAACUCAGAUGCACCUUAUCAAAGCACCAAACGGUAAGAUUUCUGUUCCCUAUAGUCAAAUUUCUUCAGCACGCGAGAAAGAGUCGGAGGAAGAUGCGCAUGAAACUACUGUUGAGGAAAUGGAAGUUGAAAUGGAGAACUUGGAAUCCAAAUUGGAGAAAGAAGCUGCUCAAUCUUCCUCAAAAACGUCUUCAAGGAGGCAAAAACUUUUGGCAAAGGUGUAA